GCGCGCGCGGGAGCGGCGGUUGGGCGGUUGGUUGCGUGCGGCGCGGCGCGGGCCGGCAGAUUUGUUCCUGACCUGCCAUUAAAAAUGUCCAAGCAGCAGCCUGCUCAGUUUACCAAUCCAGAAACCCCUGGCUAUGUUGGAUUUGCAAACCUUCCCAAUCAGGUUCAUCGGAAGUCUGUUAAAAAGGGGUUUGAAUUCACUCUUAUGGUGGUUGGUGAAUCUGGAUUGGGAAAAUCUACAUUAAUAAACAGCCUCUUCUUGACAGAUCUUUACCCAGAAAGAAUAAUCCCAGGAGCAGCUGAAAAGAUUGAACGUACUGUGCAGAUUGAAGCCUCAACAGUUGAAAUAGAAGAAAGAGGGGUGAAACUACGUUUGACAGUUGUAGAUACACCAGGAUAUGGUGAUGCUAUCAAUUGUCGAGACUGUUUUAAGACCAUAAUCUCCUAUAUUGAUGAGCAGUUUGAGCGAUAUCUGCACGAUGAGAGUGGUUUGAACAGAAGGCAUAUCAUAGAUAACCGAGUUCACUGCUGCUUCUAUUUCAUUUCACCAUUUGGUCAUGGUCUUAAACCUUUGGAUGUUGAGUUUAUGAAGGCCAUACACAACAAAGUUAAUAUUGUACCAGUGAUUGCCAAAGCUGAUACACUUUCUCUGAAAGAGAGAGAGAGGCUAAAGAAAAGGAUUCUAGAUGAAAUUGAAGAGCAUGGCAUCAAAAUUUAUCACCUGCCUGAUGCUGAAUCAGAUGAGGAUGAAGAUUUUAAAGAGCAGACCAGACUCCUGAAGGCCAGUAUUCCAUUUUGUGUAGUGGGAUCCAAUCAACUGAUUGAAGCCAAAGGUAAAAAAGUUAGAGGUCGACUCUACCCAUGGGGUGUAGUGGAAGUGGAGAAUCCAGAACAUAAUGACUUCCUGAAGCUGAGGACCAUGUUAAUCACCCAUAUGCAAGAUCUUCAGGAGGUGACCCAAGAUCUUCACUAUGAGAACUUCCGCUCUGAGAGGCUCAAACGAGGCGGCAGGAAAAUAGAAGAUGAAGAAGUAAACAAAGACCAGAUUCUACUUGAAAAAGAAGCUGAACUUCGUCGCAUGCAGGAGAUGAUUGCAAGAAUGCAGGCACAGAUGCAGAUGCAGAUGCAGAGUGGAGAGGGAGACAGCAGUGCAGUUCAUGGACAGCAUGUAUAAAGUCUUUGAUUACUUUAUACCCUGUUAAAGUAAACAUUCUGGAGUUGAAUUAUGAUGGUGUUAUACCGGAGAGGAUGCCUUUUACUCAACGUGUGACUUGGAGUUUACUUUAGAGUUUAACGUGGAAAUGCAUUGUGGUAACUUCUGUGAUAUGCAUUUUGUAACAUGUAGUCAGUCAGUAUUUUAUAUACUAUACACAUAUGACUUUGUUUCUGCUUAGUAAUUCUUCUAUUGAGCUUGUUUUCAGUUUCCCAUUGUAUUAGGGGUACAAAGUAUACACUGAAACCUUUCUAGACUGACUUUGCAUUAGUUGAUUUUUACUUUUUUAUAUGGCUUAUUAGUCCCCUGCUUUUAACUUCUUAUUACAUUUAGAAAUAAGCAACUGUCAGUGAUGUCUUGUUUUAAUAGUCACAUUAUUAGGGAUUCCUGCAAUGCUAAUCUUAAUUUUUUUUUUUUUUUUUUUUUUGUAGUGUUUACAGAUUUGUGUCUGUGAGAUAUUCAGCCCUUUUUUGCUCCUGCUCAGUGCAACAGAUGAUUUCCUUGCCCUCUGUAAUUAUCUAACUAAAAUUCAGGCAUGCCUUAUGUCUCAACAAGAAGAGGAAAUGCCUCUUUAAGGGGCACAUUGUAUUCUAUGUGACAGGCAUGAUUUCCUUCAGAUUUAACCUUGAGGGAGAGGUAUCAUCCUUAUUGCUUGCCUUGUAGAUGAACAUAAAUCAAUGCUGUUAUUUUCUGGCAUCACUGUAGCAAAUAAAUAAAUAAAUAAAUAAAACCUAGAAUAGUGCUGAUAUUGGUAAAUGAAGUAAACCCCAAAGAGCAAUUUUCUAUACAUAAAUGUUUCCCAUAUUCAAAAGCACAAUAAGUUAUAUAAUUCUUACUGAAUUUUCAUACUAUUUUUAGGGUAUUGCAAACAGUUAAUAUUAGUAUACUAGCACACUUCUUUUAAAGUGAAUUGUGCCUAAUAAGAUCAAUGCAAACUGUAUUUUGAGGUCCUGCUCCAGCAUGAAGUUAGCAGUAUUACUUUCGAAGCGACUCUGAUAUGUCACAUGCUUUUUUAAGCCAAAGUUAACCUUCCUUAAUACUAAUAGUAAGGGAGACUUUUUCUGACCUUGGCUAGACUUUUUCCACAUAGAACGGCUUGUAUUGUUGCUGAAGCACGUAACUGCUGUAGUAUACAGCUACAUAUGUGGUAGCUGAUAAGGUAAACAACAAUACACCAUGUUUGGCUUUUCUACUGCCUCUGAUAAAACCAGCAAUCAGAUUUCCUAAUGUGAUCUGUUACAAAACAUUGUUAUCUGAACAGCUUAUGAAUAAAUAGAAUUACAACCUUUUUCUCUUUGCGCUCAGGUACAGUAGUGACCCCAUAUAAAUAUGAAUAAAUAAAUUUUUAACAGUCCUUUGAAAAAAGGAAUAGGACUUAUACAGUAAAUGUAUGUUUUCAGUGGUACUUAAGUGGCUAGAUUAAAUAUCAACUUGCUUAGUAACUGAAAUUUUUAUCUUCCCAAAACUACUGUUUAUGAAUCUUUUUAUAUUUGAAUCUUUUUAACAAUAUGAACCAAAAUCCUCCAUCACAGGCUUUGCUAGGAAGCUCCAGUGCUCUUCUCCAAAGCAGUUAUUCUCAAAGUUUUGCACCUUACUCAUUCAGUCUUCCCUCACCAUGACAAAGGUGAAAACAAGAAUCUUUUUAUAUUUUUAGAUACAUAGAAGUAUUAAGUCCUGUUUUGUCAAAUAAGUACAUACUAAACGUAUUUAGAAAUGCAUGGUUUUUUUCCAAAUUUUUGUCUCGCCUUUCCUAAACCACAUGUAGAAAAAAAAAGCAAUAUUAUCAUUAAAUAACAUUCCACAGCACUUUACUACUUUUUAAAUCUUUUGACACAUUUUGUGAAUCAAUAGUCAUAAAUUUACUAAAAGAACUUAAAUCAUUAAGUGUUUUAGAAAGUCCCAUACUGUUCAUCAGUUGCAACAGCCCUGGUUUUGUUUUGACACUGCAGCAUUUGUGUACUUUUAAGCUAUUUGUCUGAUAUCUGUCAAAUAUCUUGGAUAUAGCAUGCUCCAGGUGCUGUCCACUUUGCCAAGGAGAAAAACUCCAUGACAUUUCUGGCUUUGCAUACAAGGUUAGUACAGUAUUGUGAGCUGCAAUAGUACUAUGAACCAACCAGUACUUGAAGAAGAAACUGUGAAAUCUAAAAUAUAUGCAAAGGGGGAUGAGUUGUACAUGUAACCCUCUGUGUAUGUUCAUUUAAUAGUCUCUUCCUGUUUUUUCUGCUUAUGGUAACAUGGGAACAAAAGCAGGUUGUCCCUGCAUUUAGUGCUGUAUUAUAGUUUGGUCACUACCUGUGGAACUGUUUUAGGCAAUGUCUUAUUCUUUCAAAUAGUAUGUAUCUAUUAAAACAUUUCAUCAUGA